GUAGUGUGGUACUUUUCCCUGUUGCAGUCACAUUCUUUGUUACUUGGUGGUUUAUUCAGUUUGUUGAUGGGUUCUUCAGUCCCUUAUAUGAACAACUCGGCAUCGACAUAUUUGGUCUUGGAUUCAUCACAUCUCUUCUCUUUGUAUUCUUUGUUGGCGUUUUUGUUUCCUCAUGGUUGGGUGCGGCUGUGUUCUCGGUUGGAGAAUGGAUUAUAAAGAGAAUGCCCCUCGUUAGGCAUUUAUACUCAGCCUCCAAACAAAUUAGUGCUGCAAUAUCUCCAGAUCAAAAUACUACAGCAUUUAAAGAGGUAGCCAUCAUCCGUCAUCCACGUGUUGGUGAAUAUGCAUUUGGCUUUAUCACAUCCACCGUCACCCUUCAGAGAGAAAAUGAAGAUGAGGAGUUAUGCAGUGUUUUUGUCCCAACAAACCAUCUAUACAUUGGUGACAUCCUCCUGGUUAAUGCCAAAGAUAUUAUAAGACCAAAUCUCUCCAUUCGGGAAGGCAUUGAGAUCAUUGUUUCCGGAGGCAUGACGAUGCCACAAACAAUUUCUCCUGCAGAAAGGGUUGCUCAACCAAAUGAAAGAAUUCAACUAAACAGAAUAAUGUAAUACAUGCAGAAUUGGAAUGCCAGGUUACUCUCCAUGUAAUUUUAAUCUCACUUAAUAUUUCAAUGACAGGAACCUUUGGAUUAGUAGGUUGGUUACAUGUACCAUAUUCUUUUCAAUUUUGUAAUUACAGUGAUGUGUUCGAACCUGUUUCUGCAUCAUGGCAGGUUGCCAGGCUCCAUCACCUGCCUUGCUUUGUUAGUAGGUUUACCAAUCUUGUCAUAUAUGUUAUAAACUUCUGCGGCAAUUAUAACAGAAGAAACAUUGGAGGACUGAAUAUUCACUAGUUUUAAUCUUUUGUAUGUGCACAUAUACUCUUCCGCUACCCUAAGCCUAUGUGGGGAGUUGCAGCAAUGACCUUCCCUGAGUGGAGUGUAUUCUGGAGCUCUGCCACAGCGACAGCGUUGAAACAACUAUGGAACUUCUGCAGCCUGUUUCAACAAUACAAUCUCACUUCUCAUUGUUAGAGAGUGUUCCAACGAAGAAAAUUGCGCUUUAGGGCAUGUCUGGUUGUGAGGAAAGUGUUCCCUUAACUAUUUGUACAAUAUUUUCACAUUAACCAAAUAUGCCAUCACCAGUUAAAUCUACGGGAUGUUUAGUUUAUUCUCUUGGGAAAUGUUCGCUAAAGAUUUUGUAAAAGUAUUUUAAUAUUUAUGUACUUUAAAAUUAUAUUCAAUAAAGGGUAAAGUUGACG